GAGACGGGGCUGGGAAUGGCGUCAGGAGCUGGCAGGGAACACUCGGGUUGGUUUGGGGCUUCGGGAGCACCGCGAUCCUCCCGCUCCCUCACCCUCUCCCCGCAGGACCCUUUUCCCGGGGCCCUCCCGCACCGCUCUUCCCCACAGGGUCCCCCUCACCCCGCACCUCUCCCGCACGGACUCCCCUCGGCCCGCAUCGCGGUUCCGGUCCCGCUCCGCAUGCGCGGCGGCCCGGAAGCGGCUGCGGGUUGACCCGUGGGGCGGGAGGGAAGUGAAGGGAAAGGCAGGGAAGGGAAGGAGCCAUGCUGAGGGUGCUGCGGGCCGGGCUGGGCCCCCGCUGCCUCCCGCAGCCGCAGCUGCUCCGCAGCUCCUGCAGGAGAUGUUCCUCGGGAGUCCUCCCCAACGAGAGGAUCCGAAACAUCGGGAUCUCGGCCCACAUCGACUCCGGGAAGACGACGCUGACGGAGAGAAUCCUCUUCUACACCGGGCGGAUAGCACAGAUGCACGAGGUGAGGGGUAAGGAUGGAGUUGGAGCUGUCAUGGAUUCAAUGGAGCUGGAGAGACAGCGUGGGAUCACAAUUCAGUCUGCAGCUACGUACACCAUGUGGAAAGACACCAACAUCAACAUCAUAGACACCCCAGGACACGUGGACUUCACAAUUGAAGUGGAGAGGUCUUUGAGAGUUCUGGAUGGAGCAAUUCUGGUUCUGUGUGCUGUUGGAGGAGUCCAGUGCCAGACAAUAACUGUCAACAGGCAAAUGAAACGCUACAACGUGCCCUUCUUAACAUUCAUCAACAAACUGGACAGGCUGGGCUCCAGUCCAGACAGGGCAGUACAACAGCUGAGAUCCAAGUUGAAACACAAUGCAGCUUUUGUUCAGAUUCCAAUUGGCCUGGAGGGAAACUUUAAAGGAAUUAUAGAUCUUAUUGAAGAGAAAGCUAUAUAUUUUGAUGGCACACUUGGGGAGACUCUGCGGUACGAGGAGAUUCCAGCUGAGCUCAGAGCUGAGGCUGCAGAGAGGCGCCGGGAGCUGAUCGAGUGUGUGGCUGACUCAGAUGAGCAGCUGGGGGAGAUGUUUCUGGAGGAAAAGAUCCCUACAGCUGCAGAGCUAAAGCUUGCAAUCAGAAGAGCAACACUGAAGAAAUCCUUUACCCCAGUACUGGUGGGAAGUGCUUUAAAGAACAAAGGAGUGCAGCCAUUGCUGGAUGCUGUCCUGGAAUACCUCCCCAACCCCUCAGAGGUUGAGAAUUAUGCCAUUCUUAACCAGGGGGAUUCUGGGGACAACACAAAGUUCCUGUUGAACCCUUCUCGAGACAAUUCCCAACCUUUCAUAGGCCUUGCUUUUAAACUGGAGGCUGGUCGUUUUGGGCAGUUAACCUACAUUAGAGUUUAUCAGGGGAUGCUGAAGAAGUCUGACUACAUCUAUAACACCAGGACUGGGAAGAGAGUGCGUGUCCAGAGGCUCGUGCGGAUGCACUCGGACAACAUGGAGGAUGUAAAUGAAGUUCAUGCAGGAGACAUCUGUGCACUGUUUGGAAUUGACUGUGCCAGUGGGGAUACCUUCACUGAUAAAACCAGUACUGACAUCUCCAUGGAAUCAAUUCACAUCCCUGACCCUGUCGUUUCAGUCGCCAUGAAGCCCUCCAACAAGAAUGACUUUGACAAGUUUUCCAAAGGCCUGAGCCGCUUCACCAGGGAAGAUCCCACUUUCAGAGUCCAUUUUGAUGAUGAGAGCAAGGAGACCAUCGUGUCAGGGAUGGGGGAGCUGCACCUGGAAAUCUAUGCCCAGAGAAUGGAAAGAGAAUAUGGUUGUCCUUGCACCAUGGGAAAGCCAAAAGUUGCCUUCAGGGAGAACAUCUCUGCCCCUGUGCCGUUUGAAUUCACACACAAGAAGCAGACGGGCGGAGCGGGCCAGUAUGGCAAAGUUAUCGGUGUGCUUGAGCCCCUGGAUCCAGAGGAUUUCACAAAGGUGGAGUUUGAAGACAGAACCAUCGGCACAAAUAUUCCCAAACAAUUCAUACCCGCUGUUGAAAAGGGAUUCCGGGAAGCAUGUGAGAAAGGUCUGGUGUCAGGACACAGGAUAUCAGGAGUCCGGUUCGUCCUGGAUGAUGGUGCACAUCACAUGGUGGACUCCAAUGAAAUCUCCUUCAUCAGAGCAGGAGAAGGAGCCCUAAGGCAAGCCAUGGAGAACGCCACUGUACGGAUACUUGAACCUGUUAUGUCCGUGGAGGUGAUGGCACCCACAGAAUUCCAAGGAGCAGUGAUCGCUGGAAUCAAUCGGCGCCACGGAGUGAUCACCGGGCAGGACGGCAUCGAGGGUUACUUCACUCUCUAUGCUGAGGUGCCACUGAAUGAUAUGUUUGGAUAUGCCACCGAGCUGAGGUCUUGCACAGAGGGGAAGGGGGAAUAUACAAUGGAAUACUGUAAAUACCAACCCUGUUCACCCAGCACUCAAGAAGAAAUAAUUAACAAAUACCUGGAAGCAACAGGACGCCUUCCUGCAAAAAAGGGCAAAGCCAAGAGCUGACUCAGUUCCUCUUGAGAACAUUGAACAGGUUUUCACAAUCUUCUCUAAAAGCUGACUUGCCCUAGAGAAGCAAGGACUUGGGUUUGUAAUUUUAUCCUAAUAUCCCUCCUUUUUGGUGUUCCCAAAGCCACCAGGAGAUUACAACGGAAUUGUUCACAUGUAAAUGCUGCUGGUAAAGAAAAUAUAUAAAUGUUACAACACGUGA